AUGCUUAUUUUAUCAUUUUGUCUAUUACUGCUAUCAGCUGGUUCCGUGCGAGGUCAAGGGGCGGAUUGGCUUUGCGAGUCCCUGAUUUGUGAUCCUCCAAAAAAGUGUCUCAUUGUGGACCAGGUCGCUCAAUGCCUUGUUGAAAACACGCCGUCUCCUCCGCCGUUUGGAACUGUAAAUGGUGGUCAGCCGUUGUUUCCACCAGCUCCUACUCAAACGGGAUCUCCAACACCUAAUAUCCCGGCUCCUCUAGCUCCUACACCUACAAUCCCGCCUAGUACACAACCCACUCCCACUACACCCUCUUCUCCAUUUGCUCCAUUUUUGAAUUUGUUCGGAGGAGGAACUCCUGGAGCUCCUGCUCCUACACUGAUUCCCCCUUUCACUCUCCCAACUCUUCCUACAACUGCACCACCAACAACUCCGGAUCCUGUCGAUGUCUGUACCCUGCCUCCAGUCACAGGAUCAUGUAGCAGAGCGAGAAUUAUGUGGUACUACGAUAACGAAUCUAGAAAAUGUGAAAGGUUCAGCUGGAGUGGAUGUGGUAACCAAAAUCGGUUUGCUAGCAAGAUGCAAUGUGAACAAACGUGCUCGCAGAACUCCCUAUUCAAGCGAAAUUUUUAA